AUGCUGUCUAGCAUUUACGUAACUGGAGUUUUACGUGUCAUUCUGAUAUCGAUUAUUAGUUUAGGAGGAUUUGUGGCGCUGGUUUUAAUGCAUUACAGCUCAGCACCAUCUCUGUUCUGCCCUCCCCUGCCUGCUUUCCCACCUCAGUACUCAGAGAGACCCCAAGGCCAGCACAACAGCUCCUUGGCUAAGACCCUACCAGACAAGCCCAUUAUGCUGUUGUGGUUCUGGCCUGAACACUACAGGUUUGACUUAAGCGAUUGUGCCACUCUCUUCAACAUUGAUAGCUGUCUCCUGACUGAUGACAGGUCAAUGUACAACAAGGCAGACGGGGUGCUCAUCUUUCACAAAUCCAUUAAGCGAGAUUUAUCCAACUUGCCUCGAUCACCCAGGCCACCAUUCCAAAAGUGGAUCUGGUUCCAUGUUGAAUCUCCUACAAACACAAACAGGCUAUCUGGUCUAGAGAACCUUUUCAAUUUGACCUUGAGUUACAGGCAGGACGCAGACAUCCCUAUUCGUUGGCGCUUGACUGCAAGGAAAGGCCAGGGGGAGGAUUUUGUGCUGCCCAAAAAAGAUAAAUUAGUUUGCUGGAUUGUGAGUAACAAUAACCCUGCCACUGGAUCAGGCCAAAGGUAUAACUAUUACAGAGAACUUGUCAAACACGUUAAGGUGGAAGUCUUUGGCAAGGCCUUUGGCCGCUUCUUGAACUAUGAGGACUACUACGAUACCAUCUCCAGCUGUAAGUUUUACCUUUCCUUUGAGAACUCAGUCCACAGAGACUACAUCACCGAGAAGCUAAAUGGACCACUUGCAGCAGGAACUGUACCAGUAGUAUUGGGCCCACCCAGACAAAACUAUGAGGACUUUAUCCCAGGAGAUUCCUUCAUCCAUGUUAACGACUUUCCAGAUGCGAAAGCCCUGGCAGAAUUCCUCCUGAAGUUGGACAAGGAUGAUGAGGCAUAUCUGCACUACUUUCAGUGGCGUGAACACUUUUCUGCUCAGCGCCAUCUAAUUCAACAGUAUCAAGAGUUCACCCAUGCUAUUUGUUAUGCCUGUGACCAUGUGGGAACACAUAAGGAGUACAGAGUUGUUCACAAUCUUUACAAAUGGUAUUUUGGUUAAUAAGGCACUUAGUGAUCUCCAGAAAUAUUGGGACAUUUACAAAUAUUUGGUGUUUUGAGCCCCACAUUU